UGUUAGGUAGGAAGAGGAAACACGUGCAUCAGUGUGAAUAUGGGGAUGUUUAUUACUGAUUUAGGCUUGUAAACAUCAGUAUGUCUGAACUGAACGAUUAUUUAGAGGGUAAGAUUACUUUCGAAGAGUUUGAGAGGCGGAGAGAGGAAAGAGAAUCAAAAGAUAAGGAGGAGAAGGGAGAUGUGUCAGAAGAAGAUGAGACUGUAGAUCAAGAGGAUGCAGUCCCGUCCACCUCAAAACAGUGUGCUAAAGGGAUAAGGAAACGACAGACAGAUAGCACAGAUUAUGGGGUCAGUCCAUCUGUCCAGAAAGCUUUUGCCUCCAUGCUUGGAGAAGGACUGGAGGAGAUGGUGGAGGAAGAUGAGAAUGAUGAAGAUACGAAGAUGGAGUGGAAAGACAUCGGAGAGGAGGACGGAGAGGAGGAUGAAGAUGAGGAUGACGAAGCGGAAAAUGACGGCAAUGAAGUCACACCUGGAGACGUGUUUGCUCUUGAAAUGGAGCUGAACCGUGAGAAUAAGAAAAUGAUGAAGGAGAGGCGUUUCCGCAGUAAAUUACCACGAGCUUUGAGAGGACUCAUGGGAGAAGCCAACAUUCGCUACGCUAGAGGAGAUAAGGAGGACGCCAUUCUCAUGUGUAUGGAAAUAAUUCGCCAGGCUCCUCUGGCGUACGAGCCGUUCUCUACUCUAGCUAUGAUCUAUGAGGAUCAGGGCGACAUGGAGAAAGCUCUUCAGUUUGGGUUGAUCGCUGCUCAUCUGAAUCCCAGUGACUGUGAGGAAUGGGUCAAAUUGGCAGAAAUGUCUCUAGAGCAGGAAAACGUCAAACAAGCCAUCAUCUGCUACACUAAAGCGAUUAAAUAUGACUCAAGUAAUGUUCAGUAUUUGUGGGAGCGCUCAAGUCUCUAUGAGCAGGUGGGAGAACACAAACAAGCCAUGGAUGGAUAUCGCCGUAUACUGAGCCUGCUACCACCAGCUGAUGGAGAACAGUUCAUGCAGUUGUCACAUGACAUGGCCAAGAGUUAUUAUGAAAGCAGUGAGUUGCCAUCUGCUAUAGGAGUGAUGGAGGAAGCUCUGGACAGACAUCCUGAACUAGUCUCACAUGAGUAUGUCAACAUGGCUGCUGAACUCUUCAUAGCCAAUCACCAACAUGACAAAGCCUUAGAGGCCCUGGUGAAGUUUUGUGGCAUCACUCUGAAAAGAGAGGAGAGGGAAGAAAAAGAGACUGGUGACCAGACACCCUCAAAAGUUGAAGAAGGAGAGGAGAAGCAGAAAGACUCUGAAGAGGAAAAGGGGAAAAUCCUGGAAGUGCUGGUCACUGAUGAUGUUCCAGUGGACAUCAGAGCGAAGACAAUGGUGUGUCUGAUCCACCAAAGCAUCUUUAAACCUUUGGAUCCUAUGUUGACAUCUCUGAUGGAGCAGAGCCCAGAAGAGCUGGGUGAUUUGUAUCUGGACGUGGCCGAGGCUUUUAUGGAAGAGGGGGAGUAUAACUCUGCCCUGCCUCUGCUCUCUGCCCUCGUCUGCUCUGAGAGAUACAACCUGGCUGUUGUCUGGCUCCGUCAUGCAGAGUGUUUAAAGGCACUGGGUCAUCUAGAAGUUGCAGUGAAGAGCUACAGUAAGGUGGUUGAAAUGGCUCCUCUGCAUCUAGACGCUCGUCUGGCACUCUCCACCCUCCAACAGCAGUUGGGCCGACCCAAUAUGGCCCUUGAGGCCCUAGCACCCAUGUAUGAUGCUGAAACACUCGCCCAGGACUCUUCAGCUGCCCAACAGGAACUGAAGCUGUUGCUGCAUCGCUCAACUCUCCUCCAAUCACAAGGACGAUUAGAUGAUUACAUAGAUACUCUUCUGAUCAUGCUGGCUAUGCUGCUUAAGGUGGCGAUGGUGAGGGCUCAGGUGUGUGUCGUUUCGGACAUGUCAUCUGGUGUCAAACACCUGAAGCUUAUAAAAGUGUCACGCAGCAAACUAACAGAAAUUGUUGAUCAGGAGGCAGCUUAUAUGGAUGUCAAAGGCAAGACGAGCGUGCUGUCUCGGGAUGACUGGUGGAAUCUGUUGCAGCGCUGUUUGGCUGUACAAUGUGAAGUGAAGCGCUUUGAAGAGGCUGAGUUAUUAGUAGACUCCACUUUAGAGUACUAUUCAUUCUACGAUGACCGCGUGAAGCGCAAAGAGCUGGAAUAUCUCGGCCUGUCCGCUGCCUUCCUCGACCGCAACUUCCGCAAAGCUUAUGAUUAUAUAAGGAUAAUGUUGAUGGACAGUGUUGAACGGACUCAGUUGUGGAACGUAUUUAAUCAGAUUACCCUGCACUCUCAUGACGCCAGACAUCAUCGUUUCUGCCUGCGACUCAUGCUCAAACACCCAGAUAACCCCGCACUUUACCUUCUCAAUGGGCACACCUCGCUGGUGUCUGGAACGUUCAAGCAUGCACUCGGUCAGUACAUGCAGGCGUUCAGAAACAAUCCCAACCAUCCUCUUCAUAGCUUUUGUGUUGGUCUCACCUUCUUCCAUAUAGCCUGCCAAAAAUUUGUCAUGAAAAGGCAUCCCCUGAUUGUGCAGGGUUUCUCAUUUCUGUGGAGGUACGUGGACUUCAGAGGCCACUGUCAGGAGUCUCUGUAUAAUCUUGGCCGGGCUCUACACCAGCUCAGACUCACUCAUUUAGCCAUUCAUUACUAUGAGAAAGCCCUCACCUUUCCUCCACUCCAACUAGAGGGAAUUGAUGAGGAUCAGGUGGACUUGAGAAGAGAGAUUGCCUACAACUUAUCCCUCAUUUAUCAGUCAAAUGGCAAUAAGGAUAUGGCUCGACAUGUCGUCUAUACAUACUGUACUAUCUGACUGAAAUAACGAUGGGACUAAUGUGAUUUACAGUACUGCUACAUCUUUGUAUAGAAUCUUUUUUUUUCUUCUGUAUUUUCUUUCAAUAAAGUAAUUUAUU